ACUCCAGAGCAUUCAGAGCAACACAAGAAAAGAUAUGGGACCUCAACCUUCCAAACCACCCACACCUCCACCUUCUCCUUGUUUAAGACAGCCAUGGAGGACUCUGCCGACGAGCACUCAGGACAAUCUCAACUUCAUGAAAUCUUACCAACCUCGAAACAAAGAAGUCAAACAUCUCAGGAUUCUGCUUCAUGGACCGGUCGGUGCCGGCAAGUCCAGUUUCAUAAACUCUGUUGAAAGUGCUUUGAGAGGCAUUGUUACAAAUCGAGCUUUGACGGAUGCGACCUCUGGGAGCAGCUUCACCCUAAAGGUAUGAACAACUGAUGACUGU